AUGACGAUAUCUGCAAUGAACAAAGUCCUGGAUACUCCAGAAGUUUUGGAGAUGAUCCUGGGCCGGCUUGAUAUGCGCACGCUUCUUGUAUCAGCCCAACGAGUCUGUCGCAAUUGGAUGAACCUGAUCAGAGCUUCACCGUCUCUUCAGAUGGUGCUUUUCUUUACUUCAAUCAAUGGCUCUGAAUGGGGCAAAGAAAAGAUACCGAAUCCUCUAUUAGCGUGGGCUUUUCCUUCUAUUUUUCCCGGCGAUGACAAUUUUAGUUUUGCCAACCUGAUCAUGACCAAAGAUGACUCAAGCAUGGCCAGAUUCAUACGAAAGGAUGCAAGCUGGCGCAAGAUGCUAGUUCAACAGCCUCCCAUUUCAGAGGUUGGACUUUUCCAUAUACAACACACAAUGGGUGGCGAUUACGACGCCAGCUCUAAUAUCUCGCCCAAUUUGCCCUCUGACAUUUAUAGGAUUCAGGCGGAUGGAUCUGGCUAUAUUAGAAUGGAGAGACUCUUUGAGAUUUUACUCCUUAGUAAGCUUGUCAGUGUCCAUUUCACAAAAUUCAGUAGGGCACGAGUCUAUUGGUCUACUGAGGAGCCCAUCUCGUUUAUGGAAUCUGUGGAUGAUACCAACCGAGAGUUCCAUCGGAUGUUGAACAAGUUUAGUUUGGUUGUUUAUACACACGAUGUGACGCAGUGCUCAGGGGGCUGGGGACCGCCAAGUCAAAAUGAAGGCAUCAUGAAGAAGAUCAUCGCAGCAUAUAAAGAACAUUGUUUAGAUGUUGAUAUGAAGAGCAAUGAGAUUGGAGAAUCUAGUGUGGGCGGCGAGCUGGUUAGACGCAAUCAAGACAGGAAUGAUCAGCGGCGUUUGCUGGAAAUGAUCUCUCAUGCCCAGAUGGCCCAAUUUAACUGGCGAUGA